AUGGACCGGUUUCUUCUUGAUAAUGCGGCUCUGUACCGGACUCUGGUGAAAGGGUUCAAGCCUACGCCUGUACCUCGAUCAACCUCAACAAGUCCCGACAUCAUAGUGAGCGCUAGGGUCCGGCCUCUGAUAGACGAAGAUGUUGAGGCAGGAUUCCCCAGCGCUGUCUUCCCACGCUCUCUUGGGACUGGAGUGGUAGACAUUCACGACCUCUACAAUCACCCCAGGGGACGACCGAUCCUUAAGUCUUCUAACUACCAGGUAGACAGACUGUUUGAUUCCCAGACGACAACAGAGGAAAUUUACGAAAAUCUUGUUGUGGAUCUACUCCCUUUCACGUGGAACGGUGGCAUUGGAACUCUUUUCGCCUAUGGUCAGACUGGGUCCGGCAAGACCUUCACAGUCAGCCGUAUAGAGCAACUGGUUGCCGAGUCGCUGAUGAAAGGAAACCUCGAGGGUGAAAGACGAAUCUACAUGACUAUUAUCGACCUUGGCGGCAAUUCCGCCUAUGAUCUGCUCAACGAGCGUGAGCCGAUAUCCAUACUUGAAGACUCUUUUGGAGUCACACAGUUGGCGGGUGCGGUCGAGCAUAUCGUGAAAGACGAGCAUGAUAUGAUGAGCCUUAUUAUGCGCGCAGCAUCUUUUCGACGGACGGCACCUACAUUCAAGAAUGAUGCUUCAUCACGUUCCCACGCUAUUUGUCGUAUUCGCAUCUACAACCCAGUGACGGACUCUGACGGAUAUCUAUACCUCAUUGAUCUUGCGGGUUCCGAGGCUGCACGUGAUGUGGCGGUACACGGCGCGGAUCGCAUGCGCGAGACGCGUGAGAUCAAUAUAAGUCUGUCGGUGUUGAAAGACUGCAUCCGCGGCAAGGUCCAGUCAGACAGAAGUGCGAAGUCGAGGCAAAAGAAGCCGCAUAUACCGUUCAGAUCAAGCGCUCUUACAAGGGUCUUGAAGCACGUUUUUGACCCAAAUAGUAGCCGAUCCUGCAAGACGGUGGUCAUAGCCUGUGUGAACCCAAGUCUUGCCGACACGGGGCCGAGCAAGAACACAUUACGGUACGCAGAGUUGCUGCGUGUCCAAACUUCGGCAAGUAACAAGACGGGACCUGAUCUGAAGGCUCCAAUGCUUUGGACUAAUGCACAGUUGAAGAGUUGGAUCUCGAAGAAUUCAGGAACUCCUUCAAUCUCACCAACCUUGUUGGCGCCUACCGAAUCAGGCGCUCAGCUAUUGCAUUUGCCGUCUGCAGACUUCGAGAGCCGGUGUUUGAAGACUCCAGGGGUCAGCAUCGCGCAAGCCGGAGCCUUUCGAUCCAAGAUAUGGCAAUUGCAUGUGGACUCCCAGCAUGGCGGCAGCAGCUUGACCAAGAUUGUUGCCAAGUCGGGCGAUUCGACAGAGGCUGAGACGACGCCCGGUAGCUUUGGAUCCCUGAACAGAUGGUCGAGCCGAGACUUGAACCCCAAUGCUACUGGACUUCCAUUCCAGGAACGCAUUCGCCCCGGGAUGGUUGUCAGCCUGAAACAACAUCCAGAAAGUACUUCAAUCGACAGUCAACCAGAAAACACCAAAAUGGUGGUCAUCCUUUGCCCAUCCGAGGCUGCACCGAGCGAUGUGAAAGACAGACCUGGGGAUAUGACGAAUUCCAAAAGCAAUAAGCAGGCUGAUAUGGAAGAAAUUGGUGACCCUAGAGGGAAAAGAUUUUUAUGCGCGAUGUUGAUGCCGGGUCUUACAGCCGAUGCAUAUGAGCUAAACAUUUGGAGUCAAGCUGUCAUUGAUGUCAAUAUGAUGGAAAAGGAGGUCAUAAUUGAGUACGAUGCAGGAACUAGGUACUAUUACGUCUGUCUAUGA